ACUUCAGCGGGGUUUGCGCCGCGGCCGAAGGCGGACCGGCCCGCGCAGGUCCGGUCCCUCGCAUCCGCGCUCCCCGGCAGCGAGGCGGUCGAUGGGACGGAGCGCCGCGGAGCAGGAGGCGGCGCCCGUCGGGGGGCUGGGGCAGCGCGAGAGCCCGUCAGGAGACUCGGGCAUGGCGGGCCGCAGGACCUGAGUCCUACCCCGCGGGCAGCAACCUGGUGGCGGGCGAUGGGGACGGAGCGGGGCUGCCGCCGCGCUGAGCCGUGAGCGCCGCGCUUCCGCCGCCGCCUCUUCGUAGCCCCCUCGGCCCCUCGCGAAGCGCCGGGCAGCUCGGGAACAUGGCCCUGGAGCAGCUCUACUCGGUCCUCAAAGUGUUGUUAAUAACAAUACUUGUAGUGGAAGGGAUUGCUGUGGCCCAAAAGACCCAAGAUGGACAAAAUAUUGGAAUCAAGCACAUUCCUGCAACCCAGUGUGGCAUUUGGGUUCGAACAAGCAAUGGAGGUCAUUUUGCUUCACCAAAUUAUCCUGACUCAUAUCCACCAAACAAGGAAUGUAUCUACAUUUUGGAAGCUGCUCCACGUCAAAGAAUAGAGUUGACCUUUGAUGAACAUUAUUAUAUAGAACCAUCAUUUGAAUGUCGGUUUGAUCACUUGGAAGUUCGAGAUGGGCCGUUUGGUUUCUCUCCACUUGUAGAUCGUUACUGUGGUGUGAAAAGCCCUCCAUUAAUUAGAUCAACAGGGAGAUUCAUGUGGAUUAAGUUCAGUUCUGAUGAAGAACUUGAAGGACUGGGAUUUCGAGCAAAAUAUUCGUUUAUUCCAGAUCCAGACUUUACUUACCUAGGAGGUAUUUUAAAUCCCAUCCCAGAUUGCCAGUUUGAGCUGUCAGGAGCUGAUGGAAUAAUACGUUCUAGUCAGGUAGAACAAGAGGAAAAAACAAAACCCGGCCAAGCAGUUGAUUGCAUCUGGACGAUUAAAGCUACUCCAAAAGCUAAGAUUUAUUUGAGGUUCCUAGAUUAUCAAAUGGAGCACUCAAAUGAAUGCAAGAGAAACUUCGUUGCAGUCUACGAUGGGAGCAGUUCUAUUGAAAAUCUGAAGGCCAAGUUUUGCAGCACUGUGGCCAAUGAUGUAAUGCUUAAAACAGGAGUUGGGGUGAUACGGAUGUGGGCUGAUGAAGGUAGUCGGCUUAGCAGAUUCAGAAUGCUCUUUACUUCCUUUGUGGAGCCUCCCUGCACAGGCAGCACUUUCUUUUGCCAUAGCAACAUGUGCAUCAAUAAUUCUUUAGUCUGUAAUGGGGUUCAAAACUGUGCAUACCCUUGGGACGAAAAUCACUGUAAAGAAAAGAAAAAAGCAGGACUGUUUGAACAAAUCACUAAAACUCACGGAACAAUUAUUGGCAUUACGUCAGGGAUUGUCUUGGUCCUUCUCAUUAUUUCUAUUUUAGUACAAGUGAAACAGCCUCGAAAAAAGGUCAUGGCUUGCAAAACUGCUUUUAAUAAAACUGGAUUCCAAGAAGUGUUUGAUCCUCCUCAUUACGAACUGUUUUCACUGAGAGACAAGGAGAUGUCUGCGGACCUGGCCGACCUGUCGGAGGAACUGGACAGCUACCAGAAGGCGCGGUGCUCGUCCACGGCGUCGCGGUGCAUCCACGACCAUCACUGUGGAUCGCAGGCGCCCAGCAUCAAACAAAGCAGGACCAACCUCAGUUCCAUGGAACUUCCCUUCCGAAAUGAUUUUGCACAACCGCAGCCAAUGAAAACAUUUAACAGCACCUUCAAAAAGAGUAGCUACACUUUCAAGCAGGCACAUGAGUGCCCUGAACAGGCCCUAGAAGACAGAGUAAUGGAAGAGAUUCCCUGUGAAAUUUAUGUCAGAGGGCGGGAAGAUUCUGCACAAGCAUCCAUAUCCAUCGAUUUUUAACCUUCUACUGAAGGUGACGUUAAUUAUUAAGUAUGUACGUAUGUAGCCUACGGAACACCCAUCCUGUCUUCAGCAGCGAACCCUUUUCUCCUGUCAGAGCCAGGAAGGUCUUCAUUUCCCGUGAACCCAAUGUAAUGGUGAAGUUUUUAUUAUCUCAGGCAGUCUAUGUAUGUUAACCCAACCUAGGAACUUAAUUCCAUUCAGUAAAAAACAAAAAAUAAGCCUCUAUUGCUCAGUGUCCUACAAGCAAAGCACCAGUUACAUAGUAGCGUUUGGAGAGAUGAAGGUGUUGCACCAGGCUCAGCGGGCCUGCCGGUCUUAGCAGCAGGAAGACUGCUCCGGAUUGAUACAGCUCUGUCAAUGUUUUGAUCCCACAAUAAGUUUAAAAGUAAGAUUUUUCUUCACAUUCCUUUUAUUUUUUUCUUUUCUCUAAAUUUAAUUUGUUUUAUAAGCCAGUAAUUUUACCGUUUCUUAUAUAAAUGGUUCAUGUAUCACACGUAUUUCAAUAUAGGCAUUUGUUCUAGAAUUUGUCAAAAUAUAACUAGUUACUGUGAUAAGUGCCAAUUAAGACACAGAGUUGUGUUUCGUCCAUCUGUUUCUUCUUGACUAGUUUCUAUACUGCU